CCGCGCAGCUGAGCGGCUGCGACCACUGCCUGGCACCCCGACGGGAGGGGCUCCGGGUCGUUCGGAGCCGGCUGAACCCCUUCGGCCCGGAGCGGCCGCAUGAGUCGGGGGACUAUGCCUCAACCCGGAGCGUGGCCAGGCGCGAGCUGCGCCGAGACGGCGGCGCGGGAGGCUGGGGCCGCGGCGCAGGAGGGCGGGAAGGCGGCGGCCAGCGGGCAGCCGCUGCCGGAGAUGCAGUGCCCGGCCGAGCAUGAGGAGGACAUGUACCGUGCUGCAGAUGAAAUAGAAAAGGAGAAAGAAUUGCUUAUACAUGAAAGAGGGGCAUCAGAACCGAGAUUAAGCGUAGCUCCUGAAAUGGAUAUCAUGGACUACUGCAAAAAAGAAUGGAGGGGAAAUACACAGAAAGCAACAUGUAUGAAAAAGGGCUAUGAGGAGGUUUCUCAGAAGUUCACCUCCAUACGGCGAGUCCGUGGUGAUAAUUACUGUGCACUGAGGGCCACGCUGUUCCAGGCCAUGAGCCAGGCUGCGGGGCUGCCGCUCUGGCUGCAGGAUCCAGAGCUCAUGCUGUUACCAGAAAAACUCAUAAGCAAAUACAACUGGAUCAAGCAAUGGAAACUUGGACUGAAAUUUGAUGGGAAGAACGAGGACCUGGUUGAUAAAAUUAAAGAGUCCCUUACUCUGCUGAGGAAGAAGUGGGCAGGCUUGGCUGAAAUGAGAACUGCUGAAGCAAGACAGAUAGCUUGUGAUGAACUAUUCACAAACGAGGAGGAGGAAUAUAGCCUCUAUGAAGCUGUAAAAUUUCUAAUGCUAAACAGAGCCAUUGAACUAUAUAAUGAUAAAGAGAAAGGAAAGGAAGUACCGUUUUUCUCUGUGCUUCUGUUUGCUCGGGACACAUCGAAUGACCCGGGACAGCUUCUGAGGAACCACCUCAACCAGGUGGGACACACUGGUGGUCUUGAACAGGUUGAAAUGUUCCUUCUUGCCUAUGCUGUGCGCCACACCAUCCAGGUGUACCGGCUCUCCAAGUACAACACGGAAGAAUUCAUCACAGUCUACCCCACCGACCCACCCAAGGACUGGCCAGUGGUAACGCUCAUUGCCGAGGACGAUCGGCACUAUAACAUCCCCGUCAGAGUGUGUGAGGAGACCAGUCUAUGACAGACGCAUGCUCCUGACAGCCUGGCGACGUGGCGAAGAUGCACAGGUGGCUUCUGGGCUUGGGCUGCAGGCUUGGGGGUCUCUUAAGAACAAUCACUGAGAAGAACCCUUGGGCCCCUGGGAGCCAAGUUGGACAGGAUGUCCUGAAGACUAGCUUUUGAUAAGAGAAAUUAACCAAGUCUUUCCCCUCAUCUAUGAUGCAGUAUAUUUCAGUGGGGGCCUUCUGAGCACACCUGUUCGAUGGUGCAAACCAUAUCUUCUCCAGAAGGCAAAUACUUUUGUGUCAGAGGAAACUCAGUUUUGGAGAGGAAUAUGUUCUUUAUAUCUCAAAUCAAAACUCUCUCUAAUGGUAAACUGGCUUCUCAUUUUUUUAAGACAGUAUUUUUUUUUUCUCUAGUAGUAAUGGGUUUCUAUAGAUCUCCCUAUACAGUCUGCUUUAACUCAGGACCUUGAGGUUAUGAGACUGAUGUGCUGCCCACUGCACUAAGGGGGCCUCUAACAGUCUGCUGGGUAUAAUUCUGGGAUGGAUCUGUUACUGGCAUAGUCAUGACAACCUCUGGUAAUCUUAUCUUCUCUUUCUUAUGAAGGGAAGAGCAAUGGUUUGGACUUGCAUCUUAAUUAAGCCUAUUUUAGGCAGAUUGUUUUGCAGUAGAUUAAGAAUCGGGUCCCAAAGUGGGUUAUUUCAAGGCAUUUUUGAAGACUGGAGGAGCCAUAGGAGGGAGUAGUGAGGGAACCUAGAACUUCUUGCUCCUUGUGACUAUGACAGGUGUCUGAUACCCCCAGCACACUGGAGUCUGGGGCUUGGUGCAGGUGGUGCCCCAUCAGUGUGGACAGACACUACUUGCCUUUGUGGUUUAGUGUUGGAAACUUUAAUUACUCUGCAGUUCCAUAGAUUCACGAUUUUAUAGCCAGACAGUUUGUAUCCACCUAUUUUCAGAGGAGGGACCCAAGGCCAAAUUACUUUGAGGUAGAGCUUAGCUGGAGCUGAGUUUUCCUGUGCUCUUUUCAUGCUGUGUUGAAGGGUGUGCCCAUUGCCAGAUCUGUGUAACCCAUCUGGGGCAGGGGUUGAGUGACAGCAAACCAUCUUAAAAUUUUUUAUGAGUAUUUAAGGAGAAGCAUGUAGGAAUAUGAGUACAAAAGUGUGGCUGAGCCACGUAUGCCCUUGAUUGGUUUUGGGAAGCCUGAGGGAGGCAGCCUUCCUGGCUACGAGCCAUCUCCUGCCCAGUCAGGCUAAGGGUGGUGGAUGGGGUGGUGAAGGGGCAGCUCUGCUGAGCGUGGUCUGUCUUAUGGCCUGAAUUGUCCUCAAGGGGUGUGGACUGCAGAUGGUGUUCACACGAACCGGAGACAUCACUGUUUAGGAUUCUACUGGCAGCCUCUGAAUUGGCUCGAUGUUCGUGGAGGUGGUGUUUCCCUGAAGUACUGAGCUUUGUUUUAUAAUAAUUAAAAUCUUUAUUUGGUCCAAUUUAAUAUAGUUUAGAAGCUAUCUUUUUUUUUUUUUGAGGCAAACCUUUUUUGAAAAGGUAAAUUUUGUUUUUAAUUAAAAGUAAAGUCUUAGUUAAGAAAACUCAGGAUGCACAAAACUAUUCAGACUGUUACUUUAGCUUUCUCCCAUUACCUCAUCAGUAAUAUUCACCACAUUUUGCUAAAUGUUUAUUGAUUAGAGUGUCGGAAUCAAAUUCUGCUCUAAAUGUGUGUGAAUACAUUGGAGAGGCUUCGUGUUUUUCACUGUGAAAUGCAAUUGUGCCUUGAAUAAGAAGGUACCUAGAAGCCAAAUUAAAGUAAUAAUGACUUCUUA